AACUACCGGAGUCUCAGUGGCAGUUGGCGUGGAAAGCUCUUCUACAUUGCUCCUAUGUACAGACCUGGCAGGAAAUACAUGUGCAGUGAACAUCAUCUCUUUCUCAUAAGGCUAAAUGUAGUGACAGGGUCGAGCAAUCAACCGUGGGCUUUUACCCACUUUUUUUGUGCAACUUUUUUUUAAUGCUGUCCAACCAACAGGAACAGUGAGAUAAUCUUUUUUUCAUGAUGAACACAGACGAACAUCCUGAAUUUACCUCCUCAGAGGGAGACAGGAUGGAUGUUUGCAGUGAUGUUGCUGAUGUGAAGUCACAGGAGGAGGAAGAAGAGAAGGAGGAUAGCUCAUUCAGUGAGAAUGGAACCCAGUGUGCUGAAGGUGUGACGGAUUCACGUGUGAUAAAGACUGAGGCAGAAGAAAUGGAAGAUAAUGAGCAGUAUCUCAAGGCUGAAAAAGAAAGAGAUAUUGUGCCAAAAGAGGAAGCAGAGGGGGCCAGUGAGGACGGGAUGGAGGAAGGAUUUGACGAGGAAAGGACAGAGGAGGACGAUGAUGAGGAGAGGGACGGGGAGGCGGAUGAAGAGGGAGAUGCCCUGAACGAGCCACAGGACCUGUCGCUGGCGGACUACUCGCGUUACGAAAGCGCUGCCCUGCCAGACACCCACGCAGCAGCGGCCGCAGAAGGGACUUGUGUGUCUGGAGCCGUUACGCCCCGCAUCCAGGCAACAGGCAAGCUCAACUGUGACAUCUGUGGCCUGUCCUGCGUCAGCAUCAACGUACUGCUGGUUCACAAACGCAGCCACACGGGCGAGAGGCCAUUCCACUGCACUCAGUGUGGGGCCUCCUUCACCCAGAAGGGAAACCUGCUUCGCCACAUCAAACUGCACUCCGGGGAGAAGCCUUUCAAAUGCCCCAUGUGCAGCUACGCCUGCCGCCGACGUGACGCUCUGAGCGGGCACCUGCGCACCCAUUCUGUAGAGAAGCCCUUCAAGUGCAACCACUGCAGUCGCAGCUACAAGCAGCGUAGCUCUUUAGAAGAACACAGAGAGAGGUGCCAUGUGUACAUUCAGAGCAAAGGUCCCACUGAGAGAGAGGACAGCCACACAUCCAGGACUCAGAUGGGUACUGAACGUGCUCUGCUGCUUGACAGGCUCGCUAGCAACGUAGCCAAACGGAAGAGUUCAAUGCCACAGAAGUUCACUGGCGACAACGGUGUCUGCCUGGACCUGAGCUUUAACAGGGAGCUGGUCCACCGAUCUGAUGUCAAGGACCCUCCUCCAGGAUCCCCAGGGCCAGAGGGCCACCAUCAGCAACAACAAAUCCUCGCAGGCCCAGAGGGUGACCCAGCUCCCUCCCACAGACCCUACCCCAUCCCGUUAAGUCGCAAUGACAUCAACCCUAUGGGCCUCACCAACGGCCAUAAGAUGGGCAUGUCGCUGCUGGGUCUCCCUCAUGCUGCUCAGCCACCCCUUGGCAUGGACUCAUUCCACACUGACAGCUCCCAGAUGUCCCAGCCCAUCAUGUACAGCUUAGGGCACCUGCUGGGGGGGCUGAACCACCAGAACGGCGUCCCUCACCCACACGCCCAGCCCAUCCCCUUGUCGCCGUUGGAGGCUUUGCGAGUGGUGCGGGCUGACGGGGAGGGAGGGACCCUGCCUGGGGCUGUGUACCCCUGCAGCCACUGCAGGGUGAUUUUCCUGGACUAUGUCAUGUUCACCAUUCACAUGGGGUGCCAUGGCUUCCGCGACCCGCUCGAGUGCAACGUGUGUGGCCACCGCAGCCGGGACCGUUACGAGUUCUCUUCCCACAUAGCCCGAGGCGAGCACCGCCUAGAAUUGAAGUAGCUUUCAUUCAUGCUGUUGUUCAUGCUUACAUACACACACACAUAUGCUCAGACAGAUAACACUGUAUGAGCACAUACACAGAUUUACUCAUAUAAGUAGCUGGUAGUAUCAGAAAUGAAAGCAUGAAGUAGCAGCUAUCUCUCUCUGUGUCUUUUGUGUGUGUCUUUGAGUGUGUGUGUGUGUGUGUGCAAGAGAGAGAGCUUGAGAGAGACGUUAUAGGAGUGUGACGGGUGUUGGAGUGUUCUUAGUCAUACUGUACUCAUCUGAAAAGAUGGCCUGUAAAGUGUUUAUGCGGGAGUAAUUCUACUUCCUUUUCAUACAUACAUUUGUACUUAAUGAUCCCUGCUGAAGCCGCUGUUUAUAAUAUAUAGGAGUAUGCCAUAUAUACAUUUAAAUGUUCUACAAAGUAGCAUAAAUGAAUGCAUUUAUCGUGUAUCUGCUGUUGGUUUUCCUGUUAUCUGUCUAAAUUUGUAAAAAUAAAAGAGACUUUUUUUUUUCCUUCA